AUGGACAUAACAACUAAAGAACUGGAAACAGUAAAGUUUCACCGGUUUAGUUUUAAAAUUAAGCCUCAUGUUCCAAUCCUAAAAUUUUUGAAGGUAUUCAAUGUAAAGGAAUGCGAAGAUGAAUGUGAGAAGACUGACGAAUGUGAGGCCUUUAACAUGAAACUUUCUUCCCAGGAGUGUGAGCUACUGCCAAUUCUUGACGGAGAUCCAACUACAUUUCAAUAUGAUCAAGAAAAUGAUCUUUAUUUGAAAUUGUGGACAUGCGACUUUAAGCCUUGUUUAAACAAUGGAACUUGUGAACGUGUAGAAAACAUCACUUACAUUGAUGGCAAACUACGUGAAUACCAGUGUCUGUGUCCACCUGAAUAUUAUGGACUUCACUGCGAGGAAGAUAUGACAGCUAAAGAAGUGGAAGCAGUAAAGUUUUACCGGUUUAGUUUUCAAAUUAAACCAGAUGCUACAAUAUUGAAAUCCUUGAAGAUCUCCAAUGUAAAGGAAUGUGAGGAUGAAUGUCAGAAGAGUGAACGAUGUAUGGCCUUUAACGUGAAACUUUCUUCCCAAGAGUGUGAGCUGCUGUCAGUUCUAGACGGAGAUCCCACUACAUUUCAAUAUGAUCAAGGAAACGAUCUUUAUUUGAAAUUGUGGACAUGUCACUCGAAGCCUUGUCUAAACAAUGGAACUUGUGAACGUGUAGAAAACAUCACUUACAUUGAUGGCAAACUACGUGAAUACCAGUGUCUAUGUCCACCUGAAUAUUGUGGACUUCACUGUGAGGAAGUUACUUACAUCAUAAAAACCAAUCGAUUCUUGUUCCAUGUUCCAAAAUCUCUCAAAGUUUUUUCAUCGCGUAUGCUGAAUAUCCUAGAGUGUGUCAAUGCCUGUCGUGAAUGGUCUGGAUGUAAAUCUGCUGAAUGGUUUGUCUCAGUCAAAUACUGUCAGUUAAAAAAAGCUGACCACACAAAGUACCCAUUGUUCUAUACCAACUCUCAACACAUCUACAUGAAUAUGGAUUGUAACAGUAAGUUAUCUGCUGAAAUUAUGGAACCAUCAACGUUUCUUUCUAACUAUUUGAUAAUAAAUCCUGAUACUCCGGUAUUAAACACUUUAAACACCUCUGAUGUAAAGGAGUGUAGGGAUGAAUGUGGGAAGAGUGACAAGUGUGAGGCCUUUAGCCUAACACUUUCCGACAAGCUGUGUGAGCUGUUUCCAACUCUUGGCAGAGAUUUCAAUGCUUCUGGUAAAAUAAGACCAGUUUAUGAGAAGCUCUGGACAUGUGAUUCGAAGCCUUGCCAAAACGGAGGAAUCUGCGAACGUGUAGACGAUUUUACUUACGUCGACAAAAGACUUCGUGAGUACAAAUGUUUGUGUCCACCAGAACACACGGGUUUUCACUGUGAGAAAGAAAUGACAACGAAAGAAGCAGAAGCAGUAAAGUUUCACCGGCUUAAUUUUCAAAUUAAACCAGAUGCUCCAAUACUGAAAUCUUUGAAGAUCUCCAGUGUAAAGGAAUGCGAGGAUGAAUGUGUGAAGACGGUCCAAUGUAAAGCUUUUAACGUGAAACUCUCGUCCCAUCAGUGUGAGCUAUUACCAUGUUUAGAUGGUAAUUCCAGUACAUUUCAAUAUGAUCGAGAAAACGAUCUUUAUUUGAAAGUGUGGACAUGUGAUUCGAAACCUUGUCAAAAUGGAGGAACUUGUGAACGUGUAGAAAAUGCCACUUUCAUCAACGGUAUACCUCGUGAAUACAAGUGUUUGUGUUUGCCUGAAAAUUGUGGGUUACACUGUGAGGAAGAUGCUUACAAAAUCGAAAGCUAUUGGGAUAUUACAGAUGAAGACGUAAAGGCUGAUAUAUCAGUAUGUGCCAAGCAGUGCCAGGAAGAUUCACAAUGUACAUCUGCUGUUUAUAUUAAGCAUCACAAGUGUUAUACUGAUAAUGCUGAACCAAGAGAGCUUGCCGUACUUAAUGAUCAAGAAACUGUCUACAUCCAUCUUAAUAAUCGUUGUAAUACACAGGAAUAAUCUUAGAACACCACGCCUUAUUUACUAUGUUGAAACAGCUACUUUUCCUGAUAAUUAUACACAAAUCUCCAUCCCACAUUCAAAGAGACACUUCACUACUGAUUCAGACGCCUAUGAUAUAUUCAUCCGUAGAUAUAGAAUAUAACCCAAUAACUAUUAUUUAAACAUACAUAUCAAAAUACGUGGUGUAAUUUCAAUAAUUCAAUUUUUGUAUUAUUUAAACAAACCAAAUUGUAAAAUAUGGAAAUAUCUUUAAUAGUAUUUCCUAGCUGUGUCUAAACUAUUAAAACGAAACAAGAAGACUAAAUAUAUAUUUUACGUUUCUUUCAGCAAAUUUCAAGUUUAAACCUUUGAUUCGAAAUUCACAUUUUGGGUGAACAGGUUUCAACUACAUAAUUUCCCCAAAAAAUGUAUAAUUAAAGAUAUGAGAUAAUCACUUAAAUUUAUUUCUGUUGACAAAGAAUUUUCAAGAAUGGUUAUAAUUAGUUGUGUUUUUUAGUAUCGAAGUACGAGCUAUAUUUAAACUAGAUGUUUUUUAUUUCCCACAAUACAUUUUUUCUAUCAUGUUUCCUGGCCAACCUAGCAAGCUAAGAACUUUGCAACUAUCUUUUAAAAAUAUUCAAAAAAUUUCUUAUGAAGUUUUAUAGUUCAGCUCGAAAAACGCUGUCCUCUCACAAUUUCUUGAUUUUAUCUAAUAGUAAAAUUAGUUAUGAACGUUUUGUUUAAAUUCAUAAAGACAUUUAAUGAUAAUUUUCAAUCUUUGAAGCUUCUUUUGAAACCGAUGCUGUAUUCAGUUUUCACCUAAGCGUGUGGUUAUACAAAUGGUGUGAGAGCUGUAGUAAUGCACACAUUGUAGUGUAAGUUUUGAAUUGGUGUUAUAUUGUUAGCUGUUGUUAGAUGGAUGUGUCCUAACUCUAAGUAUAUAAAUUUGUUUAUAGGCUUAAAAUUGAAACAACUCAAUUUUCAAUACAGUUGAAGUAGCUAAACGAACUAAACUGUGUGUUAUAUUACUGAGUUAACAAGUUAAUUUUCUUUAUUGUGAUUCGGUUAUAUAAUACUUUUACCCAAGCCUGUCAAAUAUUUUAUCAAAACGAUAAGACUGCGGUUUGAAAAUCUAAUUUUCUUGCUUUUUUCUGGGAUUAAAUAUUUUCGCUGUUGUUGCAUG